AUGGGGACGGAGGGUGCAGAGGAUGCAGUAAGGAAUGCGCAGGUGGUAGACGCCAGGGCCAGAAACAUCAGUCACAAUGUCCGUUGCACUGAGUGUGGCAGUCAGUCCAUUGAAGAUUCACAAGCAGAUGUUGCCAUUCUCCUCAGGAAGUUAAUUUGUGAUGAAAUUCGAGCUGGGAAAUCUGAUAAAGAUAUCUACAAAAAGCUCGAGGACGAUUUUGGGGAGACAGUUCUUUAUGCACCAAAGUUUGAUUUGCAGACUGCAGCUUUGUGGCUAUCGCCGCUUCUAGUUGCAGGUGCUGCUGGAGGAAUAUGGGCUUACAACAAGCAUAGGCAAAAUACUAAUGUGCACAUCAUGGCGUUGAACCUAGUUAGAGGUGUUCCUCCAACUCCGAAAGAGAAACAAACCAUGCUUGACCUCCUUACUCCUCCUCGUUGACAAAGAAAUCCUUUAUCCUCUUGGUGGCGGAAGUGGCUUGGUCAAUAACCUCUCAGUUUCUUCAAGAGCUCUUACACGAUUACCAAUGAGAAAAUCGAAGGGUGGAUCAGCUUGUUGAUGAGUUCCAUGGCUUUCACCUUCGCAAUGUGGGCCUGGUUUUUAUGAUAACGAGAAAUUAGAUUGUGAUACAAAUUUGUAUCUUUAACAGUAUUCAAGUUCACUGUGGUUAAGAAUAUUUUCAACAAUUUCAGAACUUCAUUGUUCACUGUAUGUGACUGGUAUUGUGUUUAAAAUAUUAUUUCCUGUUUA